AUGGUUUUAUCAUAUUAUUGUUAAUUAUAAAUAAAUUUUUAAUAUAAAGACAUAAUUAAAACAAAUAAAAAACUUAAACAUGAACAAUUAAAAUUACAUAUAAGUUAAAAUAUAAAAAAAUACGAUUAAUUUUUUGUAUCUCUCUCUUUAAACUAUUAAUUUGUCGAAACAGGAUAUUUUCAAAUUUUAGAAAUUUUAAAAUAUGGCUAAGAUUCCUUUUUGCUUGCCUGUUAACAAGAAGAUUCUGGACGUUUGUAGAAGAAGGAUAGGAAGCUUUAGAAGGCGCGUGUAAUGGAACCUGCUGGAGGUGGAACAGCAUAUCGAUAGUUUUCUCCAGAAACUUCCACUUCUUUCCAGAACUAUCUAUGUCCCCCAUUUAAAUACCCAUUCCCACCCCUUCCACCUACACAAGAACAUCCUCAAAACAGAAUCCAAGUGCAAACAAAGGCUACUUUGAGCAAUUUUGAUUAUUCCGAAGUCAUGGAUUUCAGGGUGGUGGGUUUGGAGUCUCCGUUGUUUCACGCGCUGCAGCAUGUGAUGGACUUUCCAGACGACGCUGCAGGGGACAAAACACACAAUGCUCCGACCAGAACAUACGUCAGAGAUGCGAAGGCGAUGGCUACAACCCCUGCGGAUGUGAAGGAGUCUCCGAAUUCUUACGUGUUCGUGAUCGACAUGCCGGGUUUGAAAUCAGAGGACAUAAAGGUUCAGUUGGAAGAUGACAAUGUGCUUCUCAUAAACGGAGAGAGGAAGAGAGAGGAAGAGAGAGAAGGUUCCAAGUAUUUGAGAAUGGAAAGAAGGGUUGGCAAAUUCAUGCGCAAGUUCGUGCUCCCUGACAAUGCUAACACUGAUGCUAUUUCUGCUGUGUGCCAAGACGGGGUUCUCAGUGUCACUGUUCAGAAGUUGCCUCCUCCUCAACCUAAGAAACCAAAAACUAUUGAGGUUAAGGUUGCUUGAGCUUGAAGAACUAAAUAUGAGUUUGGGAGUGGUGCCAUAAGGUUUUUCUGGUUUGGUUGUGUUCUUUUUGCAAUGAUUUUGUUGCUUUGUAGUGGUUUGUGAAAUUAUUAUAAAUAAUGUAAUGAUAUAUUAGUCACUGAUGAAAAUGUUUUGAUUCUUAAUUGCUCUGCUUUCUAAUUUCUAUCCAAUUUUGUUACAAUUUGUAGUUCAUUCUGUGUUUCUUCCAGAGAAACCCGUAAAUAACACAUCAUUUGAAGCCUGCCGUGGAUAUGAUGGAACUAGGAAUUAGAGACAACAUAGUUUAGUUAUACUUGGUAUUUUAGACUGACGGAUUGUGAUUGUUCGUAAACACGCACAAAAAAAUUAAAAUAAAAUUGUUUAUACAGGUGAAACUGGCAAACUGCUGUAACACAUGAAUUUUCAAUGUUCCAAGAGAAAUUUGAUAAUCACCUUAUAGAGGUUGGUCUCAGCGUGGGUUACCAUUUAAAAUUUUUCCUAGUAGUGUUUAGGAGUUUUAAACUUGUUUAUAUGCGUACCACUUUAGAUUAACCGAGCAAAUAAUAGUGUCCAAGGAGCAAGUUCUCUGUCUCCUCAAAUUUCUUUGUUAAGAGGGUACUAUAGAACUCCCCUUCAGAGCAGCACCUGCUCCCAAUUCAUAUAAAUACACAGCAUUCCAUUAAUACGUUUUGAAGGUAGUUCUAUUCCACAUAAGGAAAAUCUUUGAUGAGUAAAUAAAAUUAUACAUUUACAAUACUUUUAUAUUUUUAGUGAACUUUUUAAACGUUUGUAUCAAUUGAAGAUAAAAGUACGUAAAAAAAUGGAAUAAAGUUAAAGUGUAUUUAUUUUAAAUCUCAUCUUUCCUUUGAACAUUUUACAGAUCCACCCCUAAAUGAAAGAACUUGAUUAUUGCAAUUGAAAAAGUCUAAUAACUAAAUUGUAGUAAAUUAGAAUUUGAAAGACAAAAUAUAUGCAUUAGUAA